CAAUGAUUGGCUCUCCCGCCCUCUUAUUAAACUGAACUCUUCCUUGGCAUCUUACUACAGGCACUAGUCCCCUCCACACUCUGCCAAGGAGAAAGAAAAAAGGAAAGAGGCAAAGACACGUUUCUCUGCUAACUUUUGAUCAAAAGUCACCACAAUCAGGGGGGAAGAUGGACUACUUCUAUGGACCAGGAAGGAAUCAUCUGUUUGUUCCAGGGCCGGUUAAUAUUCCUGAAUCAGUCCUGAGGGCAAUGAACAGGAACAAUGAGGAUUACCGUUCUCCAGCAGUUCCAGCAAUGACUAAAACUCUUCUUGAGGAUGUGAAGAAGAUUUUCAAGACUACCUCAGGAACUCCAUUUAUCAUCCCAACCACAGGCACUGGUGCAUGGGAGAGUGCACUUACCAACACAUUGUCUCCUGGAGAUCGAACUGUAUCUUUCCUGAUAGGCCAAUUCAGUUUGCUCUGGAUUGAUCAGCAAAAACGCCUUGGUUUCAAUGUUGAUGUUGUAGAGAGCGACUGGGGUCAAGGUGCCAACCUUGACAUCCUGGCCUCAAAACUUGCGGAAGAUACUGCACAUACCAUUAAGGCUGUUUGCAUUGUUCACAAUGAGACAGCAACUGGAGUUACCAACAACUUGGCUAAAGUUAGAAAAAUACUUGAUGACUACAGGCAUCCAGCUCUCUUCCUUGUUGAUGGAGUGUCCUCCAUUUGUGCUCUUGAUUUCCGUAUGGAUGAAUGGGGAGUAGAUGUGGCUUUAACCGGCUCUCAAAAGGCUCUCUCUCUUCCUACCGGGAUGGGUAUCGUGUGUGCAAGCCCCAAAGCUCUUGAGGCAUCUAAAACUGCCAAGUCGUUUAGAGUAUUCUUUGACUGGAAGGACUAUUUGAAGUUCUACAAGCUUGGAACAUUUUGGCCAUAUACACCUUCCAUCCAAUUAUUGUAUGGACUAAGAGAAGCACUGGACCUCCUUUUCGUGGAAGGACUCGACAAUGUGAUUGCAAGGCAUGCUCGUCUAGGAAAAGCAACAAGGCUUGCUGUGGAGGCAUGGGGUUUGAAGAACUGUACUCAAAAGGAGGAAUGGUUCAGUGACACAGUGACUGCAGUUCUUGUUCCCCCAUACAUUGAUAGUGCAGAAAUUGUUAGGAGGGGAUGGAAAAGAUACAACUUAAGCUUAGGUUUGGGUCUCAACAAAGUAGCUGGCAAGGUUUUCAGAAUAGGGCACCUUGGCAACCUGAACGAGUUGCAAUUGUUGGGCUGCCUUGCCGGAGUGGAGAUGAUACUCAAGGAUGUUGGUUACCCUGUAAAGUUGGGAAGUGGAGUAGCAGCUGCUUGUGCUUAUCUGCAGAACAGUACCCCUCUGAUCGCUUCCAGGAUUUGAUUCACAUGCCAUCAAUGUAAUUAUUCUUUUUCUGCUAUUCGCUUCCAGAAACUCUAAAAUAUGAAUGUUUUCCUUCCCGUGCUUGUACUAAUUGAGACUCCCAAGGUCUCGUUAUGUAAAUCUGUGCUGCUUACAGUAUCAUGCAUCUGAAACAUCAAAUCAAAGUCUAGUUUUCUUUCUUAUAGAA